GCGGCAGUCGCUGCCCCAGAGAAUGGAAACCGCGUAUCCUAAAAUAUGCUGAAGCGCAGCUUAUUUCAUACGUGUGGGGUUUGGGUGAGGAAAGCACCAAAAAGACGCGAGGAGGAGCUGGAGUUGCGGCCGCCGGCGCGGCUGUGCUCAUGUGACCGCCGGCGGCUGCCGAGGGCUGGGGCUGCCCAGAAAUAGCCGCAGCUGCUUUCUCGGUUUCGUGGAGGUUGGGAGUGCGGGAGAGUCUGGGGGAUUGGCUCCUCCAAAGGAUGCGAAGCCUCUAUGCCCCAAACAGAUGAUGGCGAUACGAGAGCUGAAAGUGUGUCUGCUUGGAGAUACCGGAGUUGGCAAGUCAAGUAUAGUUUGUCGAUUUGUUCAGGAUCAUUUCGACCACAAUAUUAGCCCCACUAUUGGUGCUUCUUUCAUGACUAAAACUGUGCCUUGUGGAAAUGAGCUUCAUAAAUUUCUGAUCUGGGAUACAGCAGGGCAGGAACGGUUUCAUUCACUGGCACCAAUGUAUUAUCGUGGGUCAGCAGCAGCUGUGAUAGUAUAUGAUAUCACCAAACAGGAUUCAUUUCAUACACUGAAGAAAUGGGUGAAAGAACUAAAAGAGCAUGGUCCAGAAAACAUUGUAAUGGCAAUAGCUGGAAACAAAUGUGAUCUUUCUGAUAUUAGGGAGGUGCCUAUGAAAGAUGCCAAAGAAUACGCAGAGUCUAUAGGUGCAAUUGUUGUUGAGACAAGUGCCAAAAAUGCAAUUAACAUUGAAGAACUCUUUCAAGGAAUCAGUCGACAGAUUCCACCCUUGGAAACUCAUGAAAAUGGCAACAGUGGAACAAUCAAACUUGGAAAGCAGACUGCACAGACCGCUAAGAGAUGUUGUUAAAACCAGCCUGAGCUGGGUUGAUUUACUUGAAAAUAAAAUCAUGUAGUUUGCUUAUUUAUUGAAGUAUAGACUUCAGAAACUCGAUGACAAAACAUCUUGUCUAAAAGCAAUGAAAUCCGUACUCCCAGUGCACAUAGUAGGAGAAAGAACUCCUUCUCAUUAGAUCUGGACAGUUCAAUUUAGCAACAAACUGUUCAAAACAUUAGCUCACAUUUUUUGAAAAAAGUAAUCUUGUUAAACCAAUGGCUGUUUGAAUAGACAUUUUGUUUUAAAAUAGUCAGGUGAAUGUUACAUUUUAUACAAGACCCAGUUUCUUCUGUUUACAAUGCAUUGUUUUAUACUCUGAUUUCACCUUUAUAGAAUAACAAUGUGUGGUAUUUUAACUACAUGAAUGUUGUGUACUAUUUUAUCUUCUACUAGAUUCGGCUUCUGUGGCUUUGUUUUUAGAACAAUAAAUCACUUUUCAGAAGUGUAGAUCAGCUAGUUAUUAUCCAUGAACACAAAAUACAUAAAAACUCUAGCAAUGUUAAAAUACAGUAAUACAAUUCUCGUAGUUUUUAGUUUGAAGGUCUUGUUUUGUCUGUAUUUGAAUAGCAAAAAUACCAGACUGUGGUCAGUAUUUUUAAAUGCAUUCUGAAGACAAAAAGAAGAGAAGAGAAAGGCCUUGGCAAAGAAAAUGCCAAAUGUCCACAUUUAGCCUAAAAUUAUCUUAGUAAAAAUAACAGAAACUGCAGCAGAAGUGAAAAAGAACUAGAUGAAGGAUCCUUUAUGCAAUUAAUUUAAUAUUUGAAUUCAUUUAAAGUUCAUCUGGCAGAUGUGUGCUGCUGUCAGAAUCUGGCAGUAAAUACUGCCCGAUAUGUGUUUUGGUGCAAUGAACUUUUAAUAUAAUGAACUUUAUUUCCUUCUUCUGUCCAAUUCUGUUUGAAUGACAGAAAUAAGGAACCUUUAUUCUGUUCACAUGUGUCCUUUUCAUAAUGGAACAGUAGCUUUAAGGAAGCUGCCUUGCACAAUGGGACUUUCUAAGCAUUUCCCCCUUUUCUGCUACAGCUCCUUGCACCCUUGUUUUUUCUUAGUGUUUUCAGGCUGCAGAAAAAGAAGCUUUUUUCUUUUUACAUAAUAAGUAAAAUUAAUUUACAUAAAUUUAUGUAAAUUUUUAAUACGUAAUUUACAUAAUUUUUUUCUAAUACGUAAACAAAUCUGUGCAUUUAUAGAAAUAACACUGAUUUUUUUCUCUUUCCAAUGUUGGCUUUAAUUCUUCUCUGAAUAAAGAGCAUGCCAUGUAACCUUUGGCUGAAGCCAGAUUUGAGAGCUGAAGUUCUCAAAUUAUAACACAAUGACUGAAAUUCUAUUGGUGUUCAAAUAAGAUUUAUAUAAUUUGCUGCAGCUAAACGCAGCUAAUUUCCAAAGUACAACACAGUUAUGCAGUUAUACACAUGACCAGACCUGCAGUCAGGAUACACCUUGACACCUCAGCAAUUAGCUGUAAUGAACUGGAGCAAGUUAUGCAAAUCUUAUGGGAACACAAAUAGGAUUCUGAACUUCUUCACUCUGGCUACCGGCAGUAUGACGCUGGCAUUACUUUUUAUAUGUUAGUAUUAUUUUUCUUCUACGGAACAGAAAUCAUCACAACUCAAUUCUAUUUCUGCUUGCAAGACUGACUCAGUGAAAAGGAGAGUAGCAGAAAUUUUCAUAACGGAAUAGAAAAAGAUUAUGACCAAACAACCAAAGGCAAAAGUAACAACAGAAAUACGGUGGUACUUGUAAGACUGACACAUUUAUUUCAGUGUUAGCUUUCAGGAAUUAUUUUUCAAAGACAUAUAUUAUGAGAUUCAUUCUGUACAAAUGUUUUUUCCAUAAGGAGUGGAAAGGCUUCUUCAUUCAUGAAACUCAGAGGAAGGCAAAGCAAGACUAGGUAUCCACAACAGGUAGUAUCACCUUAGGAGUAGACGGAGGAAACACUUAAACCAAAUUUUAUGAAUGCUUAUUUAGAGGUAAGGCUCACUAUACUUUGUAGGGCUUUCUUUCAAAUAAAUAUACAUAGAAUUGAAGUAUUAUUUAUGUUUUAGUUGUAUACCAUUGUACAUUCCUGUAACAUAAAUGCCUGCUUGUUCUGUCUUAAGUAUUACAAUAAGACAAAGCAAAACAAAAAAGGUUACAAAAUGCUGAUCUGAUUCUAAAUUAUAACUCUACUUACCUAUAUUUUUUACAUUCCAUCGGACAAUUUAGGUUUGUCUUAAAUAAAACAGAUACUGGGAAGUAUCAGUAUAGUUUA